GUCAGCGGAUGCCGAGCAGAGCCAUGAGAGCAGUCGUGGCGGCGGCGGUGGUGCCAGCCGGUACCCAGCGGCGGCGAUGGUGGUGGUGGUGGUGUUGGGUCGCGGUCGUGGCUGCAUCUCAGCUCGCCCAGGGCACGCCGGGCGCCGCGUGCAACACGGACUGCUCCUGCACUCGGGGUGGCAUCGUCACCUGCAAUUACAAGCGACUGCGAGGGUUCCCCGCCGGCUUGCCCGAAAACACAACCAGUCUGGACCUGAGCAACAACCUCCUGGGCAGCAACCUCGACGCCACGGGUCUCUCCUCCCUCCGGUUCCUGCAGAAGCUCUGGCUCAACAAAAACGCGCUGCGCACGAUCCCAAGCGGAGCCUUCCAGACCCUGAGACACCUCCAGAUGUUGGAUCUGCAGUUCAACGACCUGACGCAUGUCGGCGUGGAGGCGUUUAAAGGGCUUUCGUCCCUGAAGUUCCUUUACUUGCAGAACAACCGCUUGGAGAGCCUGCCCGCCGGAACGUUGGACCACCUGCAGGGCUUGCGAGAGAUCCACCUGGACAAGAACGAGUGGAACUGCGGCUGCGGGGAGAUCCUCUAUCUGAGCAAUUGGAUCAGGGACCACGGCAAGUUGGUGAUGAACCGCUUCAUGGCCAACGAACCGAGGAACGUGACCUGCUUCAAGAGUUCCAGGCCCGUGAUGGACAUCGUUGCCGCUGCUGAUGUCACCGCCGAUGGGUGCAGCGAUGUUCGCGUGACGUCUCAAGAAACGACGACGACGAAGACGACGAAGACGACGAAGACGACGAAGAAGACGACGACGUCCACGACAAACAGGAGGAAGGGGGAAGCAACAGCCACCCCCAGGAGGUCACCAGCGAGCAGUGGCAGCGGCUGCGAGACGCACGGGGUGGGAGUGGUGGGGGUGGUGGUGAGCGCGCUCGUCUCCCUGCGCCUCUAUCUGAUUUGA